AUGUGACUUGGCUAGUUUCAGCGUCUAUCUAAGUCUUGGACCGGCAUCGCUUUCGCCAUAAACUCGCGUUUGUUUCGCAUGCGCGUGAAGCUGACUCAGUCUCUCCCGAGAUCGACGCUCCGCUCCCCUCGCGCCCCAGUUAUGUUAGCCGUCGAGUACGGAGUAUAGUGUCUCUCAGUCAUCCUCAUCCGAGCCGGGGCCACAGUUCACCAACCUUGCAACGCCAUCCAGUGUGUCGUUUGAGGAUUCGAUGAGGGCAUGUUUUGGGCAGUAUAAGAUACGCGCGCGGCGGUGGUAAAUAUCCAGCAAAACAUGGAACAAGCAGCCCAAAUCGGAGGGAGAGAAAUUAACGAUAUCUUGGUGCCGACACUAAACGCGUUUGUCCCCAUCCUCGAAUCCAAGCGUGCGUCAAUUGAGCAGACAACGCGAGAGACACACCAAUAUGGCCCAACCGACCGGCACAUGCUCGACGUGUACUACCCUCCCACUCCGCGUCCCGACACCCCAAUCCUCGUCUUCUCAUACGGCGGCGGGUUCUACAUGGGUGCACGCACACUUCCCGCUCCCGCAUCCAUCAUCUACCACAAUCUCGGCUCCUUCUUCGCCACCCGCGGAUUCAUCACUGUCGUCCCCGACUACCGCCUGGUCGACUCUGGUGUCAAAUUCCCUGGCGCAGCGCAGGACGUGCGGGAUGCGAUGCAGUGGGCUGUGGAUAACCUCCCCUUCCCCGAUUCUGAUAUCUACGUCCUCGGCCAUUCGGCGGGGGCGAUGAACAUGUUCACUAUCCUCGCUCUUCCGGAGCUGUACUCCCCGACUUUGCAGCCACGUAUCAAGGGUGCAGUCCUCCUCUCUGGGCCGUACACGUUUGAGGACAUGCCAGCGGAUAUGAAGGAUUCCGUCAGACUGUACUACGGGGAAGACGAUGAGGCGAAACAGAGGGUGCCGUUGGCGUUGUUGGAAUCAGCGGGUGCCAUACCGACUCUGAGACUCUUGCUAGGUAUCGGCGAGAAGGACAUUCCCUGCCUGCACCCCGCUAUGGAGAAAUUCGGCGCGGCUUUGAGGGUGUCGUAUGACGAGUUUGUCGCGAAAGGGCAUAAUCACCUUAGCUUGGUGUUCGCACUUGGGACUGGGCAGGGCGAGGAAUGGGCAGAGGAUGUGGUCAAGUGGAUCCAUGCAUGCAGCGACUCGGAGCCGUAAUAGCGCACUGUCCAUGUCAUCCUUUUCUAAUAUAACGCACUUCAUCAUAUCGCUACGCCAGUGCUUGAAAAGGAUUCGGUUAGGUUUAUCAGACAGGGAGGAUAAUCUAGCUAGCCAUUAGGGACAAUAUCAGAAAUUUAAGCCACA